AUGGCUACUCCGGGAACUGCCACGUCUCGGUCGCUCGCAGAUGUCUCCAAGGCAGCUGUAUAUAAUACUGCAGAGGCUCUGUCAAAUUCUGUACUCGGCAUGAAGUCGGCCGAUACCACCACGUCUUCGACCAGCUUCGGUCUACUGGGCCGCGUCGUUCUGUCCAUUUUUAGUGUACUGCCCACCAUCCUGUACUGGGUGACAUACACCUUGCCAACAUGGCUGUUCACGCUCUUUUCUAUGAGCCUAACUUUCACCAUGAGCUUCACAUCCCUAAUGCUCGUGGUUGUGUUCCUAGUAUCAACCAUUAGUUGGUUCGUGAGGUACCGCUACAUGACCAUGUACGCGCGACUUCCGCCAGAACCCCAACGUGAGGAACCUCAGGUUGAGGUCUUCCCUGACAGUGCCGAGAGUGACUCCAAGAGGGGGUUGUCUAAUUACCUUGAUGAAUUCUUGAGCGCAAUCAAGGUGUUUGGUUAUCUGGAACGCCCCGUCUUCCAUGAACUCACUCGCACUAUGCAGACUCGUCGCCUAGUUGCCGGCGAGACGAUCCUCUUGGAGGAAGAAAAAGGCUUCUGUCUGGUCGUAGAUGGGUUGGUCCAGAUCUUUGUCAAGUCCAAUCGGGCUGACUCUGAUUCUGACGACGACAUGGGCGGCACCGAGUCGGGCGAUUCCGCACAACAGGGCCAUGGACAAGGCUACCAGCUUCUCACUGAAGUUAAAAACGGCGCACCCAUGUCUUCGUUGUUCUCCAUACUCGCAUUGUUCACAGAAGAUGUCAAGCUGCGUCAUGACGAAGACCCAGAUACGGGGCCAAGCGUACCGGGAACACCCAAUGGAGCACAAAGCAGACCAUCAGUAUCGCGAACGAGCAGUUUUGCCCUAGAUAAUUCGAGACCCCAAAGUCCGCGCGAGGUACCUGAAGCUAGAUUACGACAUCGAAGAACGUCAACCUUGAACAGCCCCACGGCGGGUGGACGGCUUGAAAGAGUACCGCCCCUCUCGUUGGACCUGGAAGAAUUUGGCAAUGAACGUCUCAAACAACCCAAAACUCGAAAAUCACCUUCACGGCCUGCUAAACCCAAAUCUGCUCAUCCAGACAUUGUUGCGCGGGCCACUGUAGAUACCACCAUUGCCAUCAUUCCAGCGACUGCAUUUCGACGGUUGACACGCAUAUAUCCCAAAGCAACGGCGCACAUCGUUCAAGUCAUUCUCACACGCCUGCAAAGAGUUACUCUUGCAACCAGUCAUGCUUAUUUGAGUUUAACAAAUGAGGUCCUCCGUACAGAGAAGCUCAUGAACAAGUACACUACAUACGACCUUCCGGGCUUUCUUCGUGACGCUCCUCUUGAGCGCCUGAAGGAGAAAUUUGCAAAGGAGACAGAGCGUAUUGGAGAAGACGAAGGCAUGAAGGGAAUUGCGCUACAUAAUCCUGGAGCCGGUCGUCGACGGAGAUCUAGUGUAUCGCUCAGAAGAGGGACAGCUGCUCAAGCCCGCCUCGCGGCUGCGCGGGAAGCAAGUGCGACUGCAACUGCGGGCAGCGUCGCGUUACCCAAGAUGACUUCCCCAGACCAGGGUCCUCGCAAUGACCGGAUAAGUGCAGGGGAUCUAUUGACCAACUCACAGAUGGCGCGAGGAGCUGGCCGCACUGGGCGCAGCAGUUUCUCCCAACCUUAUCAUCAGGAUCGCCGAGAUGUUCGUACGCCACUCGAUGCCAGCUCAUUUAAUCCGUUCGCCUCCCCAUCACUACGUCCAAAGACACUACAUAGGCAAGAAUCUAUUGAUGAAGCCACUGUAUUCCGAGAGUCGAUUCUCGGCUGUAUGUUCAAGGCUAUUGGACUUACUAAUUUGGAAACCCCCAUGCCAAGAGCAACAGCAUCAGUAGAGCAAUCACCACAGCUUGUCUCUUUUGAUGCUAGUCGACAGAAGGCUGUAUUUACAAACGCAUUCGGCUUCAUCGAUCCAUACGCCGCUUCCAGAGAUGGAGACACCGAAUCCAUAGCUUCGGCGUCAAAUCUGUCAGGCAUGGGUGGAAUGGGCUCCCACAAUAUCUUGGAAGAGAUUGUCAAUGAUGUGGAAAUCGUCUUCUUCCCCAAAGACUCUGUUCUUGUGGAACAAGGUGAAAGGAACCCUGGCUUGUAUUACGUGAUUGACGGAUUUCUGGACGUGAGUGUCCAGGUGGAAGAAGCCUCCGAGAAGAAUGUGUUUGGAACGGCUCCAGAUGGGAAAGGAUGUACUGAAGAAGAACUCUUCGGUUCCCCCCUCAGACCAACCAGUUCAAAUACUGUUGGACGGCCUCCUGUUGACGGCAGCAAGAAGAAACGCACAAGACGAAGUCUCUUCAUGACAAAACCUGGCGGACUAGCUGGAUAUCUCGGGACAGUAUCAUCCAAUCGAUCCUUUGUAGACGUCACAGCCAAGACAGACGUAUACGUAGGGUUUCUGCCUCGCGGGUCCAUCGAGAAGAUAGUGGAGCGUUAUCCAGUCGUUUUACUUACAAUGGCCAAGCGUCUGACAACGCUUCUACCACGUCUGAUUCAACAUAUCGAUUUCGCCUUGGAAUGGGUUCAAGUGAAUGCUGGCCAGGUAAUCUACAACCAGGGUGACGACAGUGACGCGAUCUAUAUCGUCUUGAACGGAAGAUUACGAGCUAUCCGUGACGCUGAGAACAGUGCGGUCAAAGUCAUUGGGGAAUAUGGUCAGGGUGAUAGUGUGGGUGAGCUUGAAGUACUGACAGAAUCCGCCCGUCCUGGGUCACUACACGCCAUUCGGGAUACAGAGCUUGCAAAGUUCCCAAAGACCCUGUUCAACAGUCUUGCUUUGGAGCACCCCGGAAUCACCAUCAAGAUCUCCAAGAUCAUAGCCUCUCGUAUGCGAGCUUUGAUUGACGAUCCGCUACACGAGCAAAGCAAAGAAAGAAACACGAAAGCUACCCGCGCCAAUGUCUCGUCAACUAUCAAUCUCCGCACUGUAACCAUCCUUCCAGUGACUGCUGGAAUCCCAGUGGUCGACUUCGCGAGUCGUCUAGUGAAUGCACUCACGCAAAUCGGUCUGCCGCAGGGCGUGGUUUCCCUAAACCAAGCCGCCAUCCUCAACCAUCUCGGUCGGCAUGCGUUCAACCGGAUGGGCAAGCUUAAACUUUCGCAAUAUCUUGCAGACCUGGAAGAAAGAUAUGGAAUGGUUAUCUAUGUCGCUGAUACACCUGUCAAGUCACCGUGGACACAGACUUGUAUCAAUCAGGCAGAUUGCAUCCUCCUUGUAGGCCUAGCCGAGGCGUCACCGAAUAUCGGCGAGUACGAGCGCUUCUUACUGACGACCAAGACCACUGCACGAAAAGAACUCGUGCUUCUACAUUCAGAAAGAUACUGCCCUUCCGGUCUAACGCGCAAGUGGCUAAGAAACCGUCCCUGGAUCAAUGGCAGUCAUCACCAUAUUCAAAUGUCGUUCCGCGCCACAUCAGAACCAGUUCAUCAUGCUGGAAGACGUUUUGGAAACGCACUCAAGCAACGCGUGCAGGUAAUUCAGGCUGAGAUCCAGAAGUACACGUCGAGGAAAGUUCGGCAAACGCCACUCUACUCUGCCGAUACGCCAUUCAAGGGUGAUUUCCAUCGACUCGCAAGGCGGCUAUGUGGCAGAUCAGUCGGUCUCGUGCUUGGAGGCGGUGGUGCUCGCGGUAUAUCGCAAAUCGGCAUCAUCCGCGCGCUCGAAGAAGCAGGAAUUCCGAUUGACAUUGUUGGAGGCACAUCGAUUGGCAGCUUUAUAGGUGCAUUGUACGCUUGGGAUGCAGACGUUGUGCCCAUGUACGGGAGGGCAAAGAAGUUCGCAGGUCGCAUGGGUAGUAUGUGGAGAUUUGCACUCGACCUCACGUACCCCUCUGCUUCGUACACAACUGGCCACGAGUUCAACCGCGGUAUCUUCAAGACUUUCGGAAAUUCACAGAUGGAAGAUUUCUGGUUGGAGUUUUAUUGCAAUACCACUAACAUCAGCAAGUCGCGGUCGGAGAUUCACACUUCAGGCUAUGUCUGGCGCUAUGUACGUGCGUCCAUGUCACUAGCCGGUCUACUUCCCCCGCUAUGCGACAAUGGUGACAUGCUUCUCGAUGGAGGCUAUGUUGACAACUUGACUGUUGCACACAUGAAAAGUCUUGGUGCCGAUGUCAUCUUUGCAGUUGAUGUUGGCAGUCUCGACGACAAUGCGCCGCAAGCGUUUGGCGACUCGUUGAGUGGUUUCUGGGCGACGCUCAACCGGUGGAACCCUUUCUCCAGCUUUCCGAACCCGCCGACGCUAUCAGAGAUCCAAUCUCGACUUGCGUAUGUGUCCAGUAUCGAUGCGCUGGAGCGUGCAAAGAACACACCGGGAUGCAGAUACAUGCGGCCGCCGAUUGAUCCAUACGGCACGCUAGAUUUUGCCAAGUUUGAAGAGAUCUACGAGGUUGGCUACAAGUAUGGCAAAGAGUACCUAGCAGAACUCCGCGAACAAGGAGUGCUCCCAGUGACCGAAGAGACGGAGAAGGAAAAGAAUCUCCGACGGACAAUGGCACCGCGACGGGCUAGCAUUUGA